CGCCCGACUUUUCCAGAAGACCCGGGUAGCGCCUCCAGGCCACACUGAGCCGGCUUUAGGCAUUCCGCACGCCGGGUCUCCUCCUCUUCCUGUGGUGGUUAGCUAUGGCGGCCGUGAAGACCCUGAACCCCAAGGCCGAGGUAGCCAGAGCCCAGGCGGCGCUGGCGGUCAACAUCAGCGCGGCCCGGGGACUGCAGGACGUGCUGAGAACCAACUUGGGGCCUAAAGGCACCAUGAAGAUGCUUGUUUCUGGUGCUGGAGACAUCAAGCUUACUAAAGAUGGCAAUGUGCUGCUUCAUGAAAUGCAAAUUCAACACCCAACAGCCUCCUUAAUAGCCAAAGUAGCAACAGCCCAGGAUGACAUAACUGGUGAUGGUACCACUUCCAAUGUCCUAAUCAUUGGAGAACUACUGAAACAGGCGGAUCUCUACAUUUCUGAAGGUCUUCAUCCCAGAAUAAUAACAGAAGGAUUUGAAGCUGCAAAGGAAAAGGCACUUCAGUUUUUGGAACAAGUCAAAGUAAGCAAAGAAAUGGACAGAGAAACACUUAUAGAUGUGGCCAGAACAUCUCUACGUACUAAAGUGCAUGCUGAACUUGCUGAUGUCUUAACAGAGGCUGUGGUGGAUUCCAUUUUGGCCAUUAAAAAACAAGAUGAACCUAUUGACCUCUUCAUGGUUGAGAUUAUGGAGAUGAAACAUAAAUCUGAAACUGAUACAAGCUUAAUCAGAGGUCUUGUUUUAGACCAUGGGGCGCGGCAUCCUGAUAUGAAGAAAAGAGUAGAAGAUGCAUACAUCCUCACGUGCAAUGUGUCAUUAGAAUAUGAAAAAACAGAAGUGAAUUCUGGCUUUUUUUACAAGAGUGCAGAAGAGAGAGAGAAGCUUGUAAAAGCUGAAAGAAAAUUCAUUGAAGAUAGAGUUAAAAAAAUAAUAGAACUGAAAAAGAAAGUCUGUGGUGAUUCAGAUAAAGGAUUCGUGGUUAUUAAUCAAAAGGUGAGAAUGAAGUUUUACUUUAUAAAUGAGCCUGUAUCAUUCAUUGCUAUUUUUAAGGUGACUUCUAUUAAAACUAACUUGUUUUUGACACAGGGAAUUGACCCCUUUUCCUUAGAUGCUCUUGCAAAAGAAGGCAUAGUAGCUCUGCGGAGGGCCAAAAGGAGAAAUAUGGAAAGGCUGACUCUUGCUUGUGGUGGAGUAGCUCUAAAUUCUUUUGAUGACCUAAAUCCUGAUUGUUUGGGACAUGCAGGACUUGUCUAUGAAUAUACAUUGGGAGAAGAGAAAUUCACCUUUAUUGAGAAAUGUAACAACCCUCGCUCUGUCACAUUAUUGGUCAAAGGACCAAAUAAGCACACACUCACUCAAAUCAAAGAUGCAAUAAGAGAUGGCUUGAGGGCUGUUAAAAAUGCUAUUGAUGAUGGCUGUGUAGUUCCAGGUGCUGGUGCAGUGGAAGUGGCAAUGGCAGAAGCCUUGAUUAAAUAUAAGCCCAGUGUAAAGGGUAGGGCCCAGCUUGGAGUGCAAGCAUUUGCUGAUGCCUUGCUCAUUAUUCCCAAGGUUCUUGCUCAGAAUUCUGGUUUUGACCUUCAAGAAACACUAGUUAAAGUUCAAGCAGAACAUUCAGAAUCAGGUCAACUUGUAGGUGUGGACUUGAACACAGGUGAGCCAAUGGUAGCUGCUGAAGUAGGCAUAUGGGAUAACUAUUGUGUAAAGAAACAGCUUCUUCACUCCUGCACUGUGAUUGCCACCAACAUUCUCCUGGUUGAUGAGAUCAUGCGAGCUGGAAUGUCUUCUCUAAAAGGUUGAAUUGAAGCUUCCCUUGUGUCAUCUGUAUCAUGAAGACUACAGAGUGAUCCUAAGAAUAUAGCCAUGGAAUUUCAUCCAAGCUUCAAAUGAUUUUCAAAAGCAUUUUCCUUUCCCAUACGAAAAAAAGAAAACUGACACUCAAAUUUUGAAGUUCUGAAAUUAUAAUUACAGUAUUUUUUUAAAUUUUCCUGCAGUGUACACCAUUAAGCAGGCUGUUUUCACCCAAUGAACAGGAUGUUUUGCUUUAGCUUCCAUGAUCUAAAAGUACCGUGUUAGACAAGUAUGUUACCUACCUUGUUAUUAAAUGUUCCUUGAAAAGCAAAUUUAAUGGUUUAAUAAUUUCUUCUAAUGGAUGUAUUUUAAUAUAUCUACUAGUUCUCCACUGUCAGGCUUGUAGGUUUUUAUGCAAAAAGUAACUUAAGAUUUUGAAAGCAUCCCUGUUUCUUUAGUAUUAAUUCCUGAGUAAAACUGUUGGAAUCAUUUGUUUGGACUUUUAAUGCUUUUAAGUACUUUUGCUAAAAUGCUCCCCAGGAAAGUUGUACUGGGCAGAAAGAUGGGUGAAGUAGAGGCAAGGGAGUUGAUCAUUAUAUAUAAAUAAACAAAGUAUGAAGAGAGAAAACUAGAAAUAGAGGAGACAGAGGGAAAAACACCCUUAAAGGCAUGGGGGCUAAGGGAAAGGAGAUUUUCACAUGGACCAUAUUUUCACACCCCUGUCUAUACCUGUGCUUCUGCUGAAGGACCUGCCCAACCAUUCCAAACUCUGUAGUGUCGUCUUUCACCCAAGUUACUGUUCUCUCCCACCCGCUUCCACAAAAUUGUUUUUAUAGUUGGUAGAUCUCAUUCACAGCCCUUGAGAGUGAAGUUGUGUGCUGCAAAGCUUUGUGUUUUUGAGGACUUGGCAGUUGCCUACGGUGUGCAAUAAACAUUAAAUUGAAACGUUU